CGUGCCAUCCCGUGUCGCCGUGUCAUCCCGCGCCGUGAGAUGCCCGACUACAGCGACGUCCCGGUGCAGCGCGGCCAGGUGACCAGCUCGUGCCUGUGGACAGCCUGCCGCGCCCUGGUGCUCGGCCUGCUGCUGGUGGCCGCCGGAGCCGCCAUGGCCGCGCUCGGCUACUAUAACCAGCAGCCGGUGAGGUCCGAGGCGUUCUCGGCUCCGACCGACGGCGGCCCGUCGGUCCGACGGCGUGCCGACACCCCCCGCGGAGGACACUACCGACACCUCUCCUACUUCGGCUCCGUCAUCAUGGGCAUCGGAGGGUUCAUCGUGGUGGCCUCUUGUGUGAUGACGUUCGAAGUGCGCGACUCGGCCUCCAAGAUCGUGCCGGCGCGGUUCCGCAGCAGCCAGUCGGCAGCGGCCACCUCCAGCGUGGCGCUGAUACAGCGCAGCUCGGCCAGUCAGACGCUGCCCUGGCACCUGGCGCCCGCAGGGGCGCACCUCACGCGCUCCGUGUCGGCGCCCUGCGUCCGCGGACCGCUGCCGGUCGGUCCGGUCUCUGCCCGCAGUCCUCCACCGGUCGGCCCGAACUGUGUCCGUAGUCUGCCUUCACCCCGUGUCCGCGACCCGUCGACAGUCAAUGCCCGCAACCCAGCGUCGACCGCUCCUCUCGUCCGGCCAUCCUCCGACACUCACCGGAAGUGCGCCCCUUCCGGUCCCGGUGCGCCGCGCGAACGGCCCCCAGUGACCGCCGCGGUCGGCAGCCUUUUCCGGAAACACUCCUCGUCGGUGCUGUGCGCGCUGAGAGCGGGAGUGACACGCGCGACACCUGACGGCGACCAGACCAACUACGAUAACCGACUGGGUCGCCAGGGCGGCAGCACUGCCGCUAGUCUGGUGAACGGUCCCAGCCCAGGCCAGAGACGCUGCCCCAGUGGAGGAUACCAGGCGUUCAACGGAGUCCGAGCUGCCAGUGACGCCCAGAAAACACCUUUGAGUAGCAGUAAGAGCGCUCCCAGCGGCGCUCGGCGGCGCUCGGAGAGCGCGCUGCGGUGUGCUGAUGUCCCGCGGCGGAGGGAGGUAAUGGUGCACCUGGAGCAGGGAUCUGGGGACGACCGGCUGCUGGUGUCCCGAGUGGCGCCCCUGCCCUCGGCUGUCGUGAAAGAGGAGCACGAGUGUCAACCACUUAGGCCUGCGCAACAGCUGAAAUUAGCGCAUCCAGCUUUUACAAAGCCUCGUAUAUUUGAAAGUGAAUGCUCGAACGUUUCCCCAGAAUCUGCCAGAAGUUGUCUCACCGCACCUAAUGGCUCUACCGGGUGUCAAAAUGGUGUGCGCGAUCCCUCAUGCACUGCUGAACGUUCUCUCGCCGCCUCCCGCAGCGCAGUCGUCACCAAUACCGUGACAGAGCCUGGUGCCGUUGCGUCCCGCUGUGAAGAGCAUGUUACGAGCUCACCCAUUGAUGGACAGAGUGGUGCAGCGCCUUCGUCCCCAAUGUACUCCGCAACGUACCGCCCCUGUGCUGAAGUCCGCUACCAUGUAGCUACUGCCGCUGAGAACAGAGCAGCUACUGCGGAGGAAGACUGGGAUGACUCACGACUGAAGAACGACACGGUAGCGCCUGAAGAGGACGGCCGCAGUGCCAAACAACAGUGCUGUAGCGUCCACGGAAUCAUGCAGGGUGAUUUGGAGGAGCCUGGUAGUGUAGAGCCCAGCUCUGAGUGCCCAGCGGCCGAGCCGACAACAGGCAGACCUGGUGACCGUCUGAGGUCAGCUGAUGGGUCCCCUGCCUCCGAACGGUCAGACGCCGGGCGGGGUGACCUCAGGGACACUGGUGACCCCGCGGGGGUCUCAGAGGUGACAGGUCAGAGUGGUACAGACGUCAGCCACCUGGCUCGGUCGGCUGGGACUGGUGGCGCCGUGCAGCGGCAGUAUUCGGUACCACCCACCGACCGGCUGUGCCCCGAGGCGCUCCGGGCCAAGUGAGUGGCGUCAACAACUAGACUGUUCGAUGUUUGCUGUGUAGUGUGAACUACGCAUCACCCUGUACAAACGUUAAAGAUUGUUGGUCGCUAGUAAGCCAACACGGUACUCCGACGCCGUAUUUGUUACCGCACCGUACCGUCUGUACCGUAUCGUACCGAACCGUACCGUACCGGACCGAACCGAACCAAACCGAACCGAACCGAACCAAACCGUACCGUACCGCCCGGGGAUGGUGAGUGGUAAAAGCUGGUAUCGUCGAUUGCACGGCGAUGAGUCCUGUAUCGCGUACUUCCGAGCCACGGUGAAAUGCUAGCGCUGAUGCACUGCUGAGUGCUGACCAUCGUUCGAACUUCGAACUGUGAACAGAAAUUGAAUGCCCUGUCACCAAUGCAGGUCAACGGAUGGUUUGUGCAUCAAUCGACACGAUCAUUACAAUAUAAAAGUAUUUUGUC